UAUAGCACCAGCCACAUGACCCGGGCAGGCAGCACAGGCAGCCCAGCUCAUCAGGAGUCCGGCAGAAAGGGACAGCCACAGAACACAAAGGUGGAUCAAUUUUACCAAAAAAGGAAAAAGCCUGUCCACUUUUGUUGCAUUUGCUUGACUCUCUACAGCAAAAUGAAGCUUUCCAUCGGCAUCAUUUUUUGUUCCCUGGUCCUGGGCGUCAGCAGCCGGGAAUGGUUCACAUUCCUCAAGGAAGCUGGUCAAGGGGCUAAGGACAUGUGGAGAGCCUACUCUGACAUGAAAGAAGCCAAUUACAUAGGCGCAGACAAAUACUUCCACGCGCGCGGGAACUAUGACGCCGCACAGAGGGGCCCUGGGGGCGCCUGGGCUGCUAAAGUCAUCAGCGAUGCCAGAGAGAGUUCUCAGAGAGUCACAGACCUUUUCAAGUUUGGAGACAGCGGCCACGGAGAGGCGGACUCGAGGGCCGACCAGGCUGCCAAUGAAUGGGGCCGGAGCGGCAAAGACCCCAAUCACUUCAGACCUGCUGGCCUGCCUGACAAGUACUGAGCGUCCUCUUCACUCUGCUCUCAAGAGACGGGCUGUGAGCCCGCUGAGGGCAGGGACACCCAGUUAUUGACGUCUAUGGCCACAGAAGCCAGUGGAGGUCACAGAAUUAGUGUCUAAUAAAUGCUUAAGAGAUUGAAUUUGUUGAAA